AAAGAAGAGAAGAGAAAGAAGAGAGAAGAAGAAAGAAGAAAGAGAAGAAGAGAAAGAGAGAAGAAGAGAGAGAAGAGGAAGAAGAAGAGAAGAGAGAGAGAGAAAGAGAGAAGAAGAAGAGAAGAAAGAAAGAGAGAAGAGAGAAGAGAAGAAGAAAGAGAAGAGAAGAGAGAAGAGAAGAAGAAGAGAAGAAGAGAAGAAGAAAGAAGAGAAGAAGAGAGAAGAGAGAAGAAGAGAGAAAGAAGAGAAGAAGAGAAGAAGAGAAGAAAGAGAAAGAAGAGAGAAGAAGAAAGAAGAGAAGAGAGAAGAGAAGAGAGAAGAGAAGAAGAGAAAGAAGAGAAGAGAAGAGAAGAAGAGAGAAGAGAAGAAGAGAAGAAGAGAGAAAGAAGAAGAGAGAAGAGAAGAAGAAGAAGAGAGAAGAGAAAGAAGAAAGAGAAGAGAAGAAAGAGAGAGAGAAGAAAGAGAGAGAAGAGAAGAGAAGAAAGAAGAAGAGAAAGAGAGAAGAGAAGAAGAGAGAAAGAGAAGAAAGAAAGAAGAGAGAAGAAGAAGAGAAAGAAAGAGAAGAGAGAGAGAAGAGAGAAGAAGAGAAAGAGAGAGAAGAAAGAAGAGAAGAAGAGAGAAGAGAAAGAGAAGAAGAGAGAAGAGAGAAGAAGAGAGAGAAGAGAGAGAAGAGAAGAGAAAGAGAGAAGAGAAGAAAGAGAAGAAGAGAGAGAAGAGAAAGAGAAGAAGAAGAGAGAGAAGAGAAGAAGAAGAAGAGAAAGAGAAGAGAGAGAAAGAAGAGAAGAAAGAGAGAGAAGAGAGAGAGAAAGAGAAGAAGAGAAGAAAGAGAGAAAGAAGAAGAGAAGAGAGAGAGAAAGAAGAGAAGAAGAAGAGAGAAGAGAAGAGAAAGAAGAGAGAAGAAGAAGAGAAGAAAGAAAGAGAGAGAAGAGAAAGAAGAGAAGAGAGAGAAGAGAAGAGAAAGAGAGAGAGAAGAAGAAGAGAAGAAAGAAGAGAGAGAGAAGAGAAGAAGAGAAGAGAAAGAAGAGAAAGAGAAGAAGAAGAGAAGAGAAGAGAAGAGAGAGAAGAGAAGAAGAGAGAAGAAGAGAAGAGAGAAAGAGAAGAGAAGAAGAGAAAGAAGAGAGAAGAAAGAGAAGAGAGAGAAGAGAGAGAAAGAAAGAAAGAAGAAAGAGAGAAAGAAGAAGAGAAAGAAGAGAAGAGAAGAAGAGAGAAGAAAGAGAGAAGAGAGAAGAAAGAGAGAAGAAAGAGAAGAGAAGAGAGAAAAGAGAAGAGAAGAGAAGAGAAGAGAGAAAGAAGAGAAGAGAGAGAAGAGAAGAAAGAGAAGAGAAGAGAAGAGAGAAGAAGAAAGAAGAGAAGAGAAAGAGAAGAAAGAGAAGAAGAAGAGAGAAGAAGAAGAGAGAAGAGAAGAGAAAGAAGAGAAGAGAAGAGAAGAGAGAAGAGAAGAGAGAAGAGAGAAGAAGAAGAGAAGAGAAGAAAGAAGAGAGAGAGAAGAGAGAAGAA